AUGGCCAAGUACCUGGUCCAGAUCAUUGUGAUGGGUGUGCAGGUGGUGGGCAGAGCCUUUGCCCGGGCCCUGAGGCAGGAGUUUGCAGCAAGCCAGGCAGCGGCUGAUGCUUGGGGUCGAGGUGGGCACCAGUCUGCAGGUGCAUCCAACCUCUCUGGCCUCAGCCUUCAAGAGGCCCAGCAGAUUCUCAAUGUCUUCAAGCUGAAUCCCGAGCGGGUCCAGAAUUAUGAACACCUAUUUAAGGUGAAUGAUAAGUCCGUGGGAGGCUCUUUCUACUUGCAGUCAAAGGUUGUCUGUGUGAAGGAACGUCUAGAUGAGGAACUCCAAAUACAAGCCCAGGAAGUCAGAGAGAAAGGGCAGAUGCCCAAAACGUGA